UACAUAUGUUCAGCGUGGUCGAUCUAUGAAUGAAACGGCCUCACAUGAUGUUGUCACGAGUGGAGACUCGUUUAAAGUCACGUAGUUAGGUAUUCUCUAAUUCCUACCCACUCGCCUUGAAGAGGAAGCAGGAAAACCAAUCCACUCUGUGAAAUGAAAGACUUUUCAACGGUAAGGAAGGUAAAGUAGGUAAAUGAAAUAAAAAUAUUUAUUAAAUUACUAUGAUUUGUUCAAAUGAACUAAACGAAAUUGUAUUCCUCAAAAUACAUCAAUAUUCUUUGUUUUUUGUUUUUAUUAUCAGCCUUUAAUGUUUACGUAGACUGGGCAUUUUGUGCGCACUGAAUCAUAAUUAAAUAAAUAAGAGUCCAUCCCACGAGUCACUGACAUGGAAUUGAAUUUAAAAAUAAUGCGUCAGUGCUAUGUGUGGCUAUGUGGGCUGAAGGUGGAACUCUCACUGUGUUGUAUUUAUCUCUUUAUUCGCUAAUCAUUGCUGCAAUUUUUUGGCACGCUAAUUCCGAGAUCUAUCGUAAGCAUCAUUGUAUGCUGAAAUAAAUGAAUUUGUGCGCGUAUGAACUGAAUCAUGGUAGCACUGUGUUUGCGUACGCGCCGCCCGCCCAGACGCCCGCGGGCGGGCGCGCAUUCAUGUCAAACGCUUCAUGAAACUCGGAGGUGUUCCCACUGAAACUUCUUCGGUUUUUAAUUACAAAAUAUUUUGAAAGUGCUUUAGUGUGUUUUUCACGUUGUGCCGGAACAUAAAAUUUUUGCUAAAACUUUAAAAUGGGUAUGAUUUCAAGAGUGCGCGGUCGUAUCAGGAGUGAUUCUUUCUCGAAGAUUCCGCCUAUGAAAUCGGAGGAUAAAAUCGCAAAUAUUGUAUGGCUCCUAUCUCUGGUGCUGUUGCUGCCAUAUUGGGCGCCGCGGGGACUUUUCGUGGCGCUGGGCGGCGCUUGGCUGAUGGCGGCCUACACCUGCCUCGUGGUGCCGGUGCUCAUCUCUGCCAACUACAAGUACCCCGCGAGGUGGUACCCGGCUGUCGUUAAGUUCGCGCAAGAGACCGCGAGGAGGCUCCGAGCGCCCUUUGCGUGCGUCCUCGGUGUGCUGAAAACUGUGUACGCGCCGCUCGAGCGCGCAGAGCGCGUGUUUCUACAGAUGAACAACCUCUCUACUAUGGUUUGUCAGUUGCUGAUCUUCACAGCAUGCGACAGGCUGUUCGUUUCCAAGGGCAAACUCACCUCUCUCUACUCUCUCAUGUUCUACAACGUCAUCACGUACUCCGUGAGUUACGUGCGCGAGAUCUGCACCAAGGAGGACUGGUCGCCGUACGUCAACGUCACGCGCCACUCUCGUGUCAAGCACCUCGCCAUGUCCGCCACCAAGAUCGUGCUGGAAUGGACCAAAGCGGUCACCUUCAUCGUCACCAUCACCUUCAUUCUGCUCACCCUCGGCUUGGAACAGGGCCUCGAGCACUACAGCCCCACCUUCUUGUACACCGCAAUCACGGGAAUAUACUACCUGCUUUCGGAGAGGACAUUCCUCGAGCUGUGGCCGAUUGGGCUCACCGCUAUGAAGAUUGAGAGAUUAGAAGGCAUGGAGGUGAUGUACUUCGGGGUGUGGGCGCGGGGGAUAACUACAGCGUUAGCGGUGCCGCUGGUGCCGGCGCUGGCGUGGUGCGAGCGCUGGCGACUGGCCGCGCUAGUGAUGUACUUCUGCGUGUUCGUGCACGGGAGACACCGGCUGGGGGAGGCGCUGGUGAAGCUGAGCGAGGCACGCGGCUCGCUGGCGCGGUUCCGUCGCGCGACGCAGGAGGAGCUGGCCACGCUGGAAGACGUGUGCGCCGUGUGCCUGGCCGGCAUGCAAUCGGCACGCGUCACUCCCUGCGCGCACUUCUUCCACGCCGACUGCCUGAGGAGGUGCCUGGCCGCCUCCGACAGAUGCCCCAUCUGCGUCAGGCCUUACGUAUUCUGCUGAUCGACGGCUCCACUUUAAACGGAUAAGACUGCUUCUAAGGGCUGCUUUGCAGGUAUUCUGAGACGUAUUCCGAACCAUCUUCCGAGCGAACGAGAUAUUGUGGACUGUGAAUUUGAAUUUAGUGGAAUACCUACUCUUACAUAAUAAGAUACUAAUUUAGUAUUAACAGUUAGGUUACUAAAGUAAGUAUGUAGUAUUAUUAUUUGAGUUAAUUGACGUUGUUUUAAUUACAUUCGCUUGUCGUUAUGUAUUCGUUGUAGAUCAUGCUUUAUCUAAAAGGCUGAGUUGAUUCACAGAACAGCAACCGUUUUGUGAUAAUGUUAACACUAGAUAAUAUUUUUGAAAUAAUAUGCAAAGAUUUAUUAUUGUUAAAAUAUGUAUCUAAUUUGGAAAUCAAAUAAUUACCUACUGUGAAAGUAAGUUUUGGCCUAUCAUGGAUAUUUUUUUGUUAUUUUUAAUAUUUGAUUCGACAUUUUCAUACUAUUCGUAGUAGCUAAAAUAUUAUAUGAUAGCAUAGGUAUAGAUAUAAUGUUAUUUGUUCUGCCUUUGGUCAUAUUGUGAAAUAAUAUAAACCUACUAGUUUUUUACUCCGUAAUAAAACAUGGCUGUAAAUAACUUUUAAUCCACCCACAUUUUCACUGGGUCCAAAUAUUAUGUGUAAUUUUAUAUAAAAAUAAAAUUCAUUUUUAUUUAAAAA